AUGGCUAUCAGCAAAGUUCAACCUGGGAGAAGAAAUUCUCAGGAGGCUGCUCAAAUGGUUCCAAUCAACCCAUUUAGAAAUAACGAGCAUGAUUUUAACAAAGAUAACUUCCCACUCAGUGAGACGUGGCAGACAGAUCAGACAAGUGACAGAGACGAAGCCAUUGGCACUGGAAGACAGAACGACAGCGUCCCGCGGGAAGCACGGGCGAAAUUUUCUGUUCUCGCUCCGGAUAAGAUAAGCAAGUAG